CCUCCUCGUCCAGCCUCCGCCGAGGGUAGAACGAGAGGAAGCGGCGGCGGCAGCAGCAGCAAGCCGGAGGAAGGGUAGAGCCCUGGCAGGCCUUCCCCAUGGGGCGGUUUCUGUGUGUCCACCCGCCCAGCCUUCCCACCCCGAGGGGUCCCGGCUUUUCCGCGCCCUCGCCCUCCCCGCCACCUUCCUCCCGGCCUCGGGACCCGGGGACUCGGGGGGGACCGGACGGCCGGACCUGUCCCCCAGCCAUGACCCCGGGCCCUACCCCGGCCCCGACCCCGACCCCGACCCCGGUCGGAGGGGAUCGGGUUAACAUCGCCCGCAACGGGGAGAUGACGUCGGCCACCAAGGUGUACUACAGCCAGACGACGCAGACGGACAGCCGCCCCUUGCUGGCCCCGGGCCCCCGGCGGCGCCGCGUGCUGACCAAGGAUGGCCGCAGCAACGUCCGGCUGGAGCACAUCGCCGACAAGCGCCUCCUCUACCUCAAGGACCUGUGGACCACCUUCAUCGACAUGCAGUGGCGCUACAAGCUGCUGCUCUUCUCCGCCACCUUCGCGGGCACGUGGUUCCUCUUCGGCCUGGCCUGGUACCUGGUGGCGGCCAUCCACGGCGACCUGCUGGAGCCCCCGGGGGUGGCCGCCAACCACACGCCGUGCGUGGUCCAGGUCCACACGCUGACCGGCGCCUUCCUCUUCUCCCUGGAGUCGCAGACGACCAUCGGCUACGGCUUCCGCUACAUCAGCGAGGAGUGCCCGCUGGCCAUCGUCCUGCUCAUCGCCCAGCUGGUGCUCACCACCCUGCUGGAGAUCUUCAUCACGGGCACCUUCCUGGCCAAGCUGGCGCGGCCCAAGAAGCGGGCGGGCACCAUCCGGUUCAGCCGGCACGCCGUGGUGGCGGCCCACGCCGGGCGGCCCCGCCUCAUGGUCCGCGUGGCCAACAUGCGCCGCAGCCUGCUCAUCGGCUGCCACGUGGCCGGCAAGCUGCUGCGGACCCGCCCGGCCCGGGACGGCGACCGCCGGCUGCGGCUGGACCAGGUCAACGUGGCCUUCCGGGUGGACACGGCCUCGGACAGCCCCUUCCUCUUGCUGCCCCUCACCUUCUACCACGAGCUGGACGAGGCCAGCCCGCUGCGGGAUCUGGGCCUGCAGGGCGGGGGUGGGGGUGACUUCGAGCUGGUCUUGAUCCUCAGCGGCACCGUGGAGUCCACCAGCGCGGCCUGUCAGGUGCGGACCUCCUACCUGCCUGAGGAGAUCCUGUGGGGCUACGAGUUCGCCCCCGCCAUCUCCCUGUCGCCCGGCGGCAAGUACGUGGCUGACUUCAGCCUCUUCGACCAGGUGGUCCCGGCGCCUGGGGCUGGGGGGACCCUCUCCCUCCGGCCCGGGUCGGCCCACGACGGCGAUCCCGAGAAGCUGCGGCUGGAGGAGUCCUUCCGCAGACUGGAGGAGGAGGAGAGGGACGGGGAGGGGGUACCCCUCAGCGUCCGCAUCAGCAACGUCUGAGCCCCCCGGCUCCACGCCGGGCCCCGCCGUCCCUCCGCUCCACCGCCUUCAACCCUCGGCACCGGGAUGCCCUCCCUGCGCCCUCCUGCCAUCGCCCGCUGCCUUCACCCCUUUGCGUCCUGAUUGUCCCUCUUCCCUCCCCUGAAUCCCCACAACACACUCACCUUGGGUCCCCCAAUCCACCUGCCCCUUGCUCCCCUGACCCUUUCUACCCUCUCCAUUGCUCCCCAUUUCCUGUCCCUCACACUCCCUCGCCUCCCCCAUGCUCCAGCUCCUCGCUGGAAAACUGUCCCAAGUCACCUUCCAGACUGUGUGACCACCCUCUCCCCAACCACCGUGUAGCCAAGCGCCCCCGGGUGUUUUCCAGAGCAGCUUGGAGGGCAAGGCCCCUUCCCCUCCACCCUCCCCCUAGCACCCCCAACCCUGGCUUGGACCGGGCCCUCGGAUAUGCCCCGCCGACAGGGGCUCUUGCCUGUCCCUCGCCGGGGCUGGAGGGCACCAGGGUGGCCUUGAAUGAAGCCAUUUCCUCCCCAGCUCCCCAGGACCCCCGGCGGGCCCCCCCGCAGUCUGGACCCUCUGAAACUGGCUUCCUGCUCCACCCCAUCCUGGGGGAGGCCCGAGGCUCUCAGAGGCCAGAGAUGGAGGCAUUCCCUCCUUCCUCUGGUGUUGGGCUGCAGGGUGGGCCUCCUUGCACCCCAGUGGGGAUAUGGGGGGCAUCUGGGGAUCCAGCCUCCAACUGUCAGGGGGUAGUGACCCCUGAGGGUGGGGCAGUGGGGAAACGGGGUGGGGGGAGGCAUAGAGAUCUAGCCGGGUGGCAGGGAGUUACAGAGAGGUGUGUGUACAUAGGAUGUGCCCAUGUGUGGGCACACAAAUACCAGGCCUGAGACUUUUCAGGCACCCAACGGUGGCUGUCAGGGAGUUCAGGGUCCACAGUGGGACCAGGCCGAGGGGACCGGACAGAUGGAUAGGUCCGGGAGGACCAAGGGGAAGACAAGGAGAGGAGCGGAGCUGCUUUGCCCUUUAAGCUGGGUAACUGCCUGGCCUGGGCUUGGUUCCUUCCCUGUCCAGAACUCCAAAGUUGCACUUUACAAACCACAUAUCCACACCCCCCGUCUCUGGAGAUGGUGUGUGGGUGGGGGAGGGUGGUGGGGGAUGUCCAUGAGGGACUGGGGGGCUGGUUCCGCCCUCCCCAUUGUGGUCAGCACCUCCAAACGCAACCAGCUCUGGGGUGAAAUAAUAGUAAUAAUAAUAAUAAUAAUAAUAACUGUAGCAUUUGUUAAGCACUUAUGUGCCAUGGACUGUUCUG